AUGCACACAUUUCCUCAUGCAUUGGAGGAGAUGUAUCAUCGGAUGACGACUACAACUACGACCGCGACCACCUACCUAUCUCAACGAGAGCUACAAGAAGCAGAUAGCCGAAGCACUACCAACAGACGUCCUACUCGACGUCGGUUGGCGCAACGCAAAAAGGACGAAAAAAAAGUGGAAGACGCAAGAGUCGAAUUUAUUCGGUUCCUUGCUUGGUUGGUUGGUUGGUUGUCUGGUCUAGCGUUGUCGUCGUUGUCGUGGUGGGUACCGAAAACACCCGUCAAACGGCCGUCGUUUGUUGGGGUUGAACUGUCGGAGAUUGUCCUUAUAAUAAUCAAACCCAUUAUCAUCGCAGCGUCGGUGUCCCGUUCUCCGGUGUUCUUGCAUCUAGUUGGCUGA